AUGUACAAGACUCUGGUGGUGACUUUCAUAACCUUCUUCUGCUUUAAAACAAAAGAACUGGAAGCGACAAAGUGUAUUUCCGAGGGGGGUGCGACCUACUUCAAGGCGCCGACAUUGGACAAAGAAAGAAAUUUGCUCUAUGUGGGGGCUCGGGAUGCUAUCUAUGCCUUCAGCACCAGCUCCGUGCAAGUAGAGAAAUGUGUGAGUUGGAGGGUUCCUCAGGACAGGAAGGAUGAUUGCAUCCGCAAAGGCAAAAGUGCCCAGGACGACUGCUUCAACUCCAUCUGUUUCCUGCAGAUCUACGAUAGCUCCAAAAUGUAUGCCUGUGGCACUUAUUCCUACAAGCCCAAGUGCGUCUUUAUUAAUCUGGACGAUUUCUCCAUAGUUGAAGGGUCCUUGGAAGAUGGAAAGGGGAAGUGCCCCUAUGACCCAGCCAAGGGGCAGACAGGACUUCUUGUGGAUGGUGAGCUCUAUACAGCGACACUCACCAACUUUCUAGGCAGUGAGUCGGUGAUCCAGCGCAGCUUGGAUAGACACUAUACCAUUAAGACCGAGGACAACUUAUUCAAUGAUGCCCAUUUUGUGGGUUCGGCUUACAUUAAGGAGAGUGAAGGCAGUGUCAGCGGUGAUGAUGACAAGGUCUACUUCUUCUUCAAUGAGAAGGCCCUGGAGUAUGACUGGGAGAUGGAGCAAGUGGUGGCACGUGUGGCCAGAGUCUGCAAGGGGGACCUGGGCGGGGCCCGCCUACUGCAGAAGAAGUGGACGACGUUCCUCAAGGCACGGCUGGUGUGCUCCCUUCCCAAAGAGUUUGUGCAUUUCAACCGGCUGCAGGGAAUCUACGUACUGAGGGGGAAAGAGUGGAGAGACUCCACCCUCUUUGGGGUCUUCCGGGCACACUGGGCAAAUAUGGAUAUUUCCGCUGUGUGCCAGUACCCAAUUCAGAAUGUGUUGAAAGUGUUUGAAGGAGCUUACAAGGAGUUUAAUCAGGACUCUCAUAAGUGGGGGCGGUACUAUGGUGAUGUGCCCAGCCCCCGUCCUGGAGCCUGUAUCACCAAAACAGCCCGGAUGCAGGGCUUCUUCACCUCACUGGAGAUGCCACCCCAAACCCUCAGCUUUGUCAGGAACCACCCACUGAUGGAUGAUGCGGUGAAGCCUCAAGGCAACCAGCCCCUCCUACACAAGAAAGAGAGCAACUUCACCCAGGUGGUGGCAGAUCAAGUGGAAACCCUGGAUGGCAGAUUUUACACUGUGCUGUACAUUGGGACAGAUAAAGGCUGGCUUCACAGAGCAGUGCUUCUGCUCUCGGGUGUCCAUUACAUGCCAGCACUGCGGAUCUUUGACCAAGGCUGGGCUAUCAACAGUCUGCUUUUAUACUCUGAGUUGGUAAGGAAGACCCUUUUUGUGGAUUGA